UUUAUCAUAGAUGUCACGUUAUGUCAUGUUGUCAGAAUAUAAUAAAUAUAGAGUUUAAAUAAAUAUCACUUAGAAGUGCAGUCAGGUUUUAUUAAUAUAUCUUGUCUCUUAUUGGUAAUUAUAACAUUUAUAGUAAACAAGAGAAACAGUUAUGGCAAGAUAUUCUAGUGAAUCAGAUUCAGAUCAUAACAGUAGAUAUCGUAAGAGACGUAGCCGAAGAUCCAGAUCAUCUAGCAGUGAUUCCAGUGAUUCAUCACCGCAUAGAAGAAGGUCAUCUAAACAUUCAAAAACAAAACGCAGACAUCGUUCACACUCUAGAAGCAGAGGUAGAGAUAGAGAACGUAGUCAAAAAAGCUAUAAAAGUUUCAGAAACAGUAGUUCAAAAGGAAGAGAAAGACAUAGGUAUCGUUCAAAAUCAAGGUCCUCAGAUCGUUCAAAGAGAAGAAUAAGGUCCAUAUCAAGAGAGAAAUCAAGCAGCUGUUCUAGUAGUUCACAAUCUAAUGUGAAAGCUACUGUGGCUGAGAAACCUAAGAAUAUAGUAGUAAUAAAAGAUGACUUUCCAAUUGAACCACGUUUUAAAGAGGGUGUAUUGGAUGAAAUAAAUUCUGAAGAUUUUACACCUAAACAAUUUUCAUCGUCUACAAAGGAAAGAAAGUUUAAAAACAUUGUAAUAGAUAUAGCUGCAGAUACUAUACAAGUUCCAACAGUAGCUGAUGUUCCAUCUGGGUCAGAAAGUAUUUUCCAUUCAUCGAUAAUGCUUGAUCAAGAAGCAAGAUUUGACAAAUGGGUGAAGAAACUUUAUACACUUAGACAGAAAGCCAUAACAGAUUUAAUGCACUCAACUGUUACUUGACAUUAAGCUAGUUUUAUUAAUCAAAUAAUAUAUAUAAAUAUUAUUUAAGUAUUACAUGUAACUGUACAAGCAUGCAAUUUAAGAAUAAAUUAAAG